AUGCUACGGCGGAGAGGAAAGCAGAAGUUCCAAUACAAAGCUAGCAGAGCGCCUACCAAGAAGACUGAGGCCAUUGCAGUCGGCCAGAAACGAAAGCAGUCCGAGUCUUCUGGAGACAUCAACAAUAUCAGUAUCAACAUUAGCUUGGGGAAUGACUUCCAAGAACUCUUGGGCGGUGUCAAUCCUUCCGACAGCCAGUCGCCAGCCAAGAAAGCCGAGACAGGACCGUCAUAG